CUCCCUUGAACCUCGGCUCACUACCCGUACCGGCUUUAUCUUCAAGCCGCGAGAAGGGCAGGGAGUUGGAAGCUUGUGAGGCCAGUAGCUACCUUAUCGCAUCCUUCCGCCGAGCUUCCAUGGCCUCCAAUGUCUGCGUUUCCUCUCUCUUCCAGAACUUCUCCUCCGCAUCCUUUCUUGACCUUCACAGGAGAGUCUCUGUAUUCCCUUCACUACCUCCCUUUCCAUUCGAAAAAAACCAUGUCUGCUUGCUUAGGGCUUCUUCCUCCCCGGCCCCCAGGGCUUUUGAUGCCUGCUACUGCUUGUUGAGGAGCUCGAGGGGCCUCCGGCUAGUCGUGCCUUCAGCCAUCGCUUCUCCGAACUCGGUGCUUAGCGAGGAGGCCUUUAAGGGGCUCGGCGGCUUCAAGGGCUCUUCUUCUCUAGACGAAGACGAAGAUGAAGAGUAUCAGUUUGGAGAGGAUAUGUCGGAAGGGGAUAAGGACGAGCUCGAUGUUUCCAAGCUAGGCUUGCCGGAACAGCUUGUCGAUAUUCUUCAGAAACGAGGGAUUACCCACCUCUUUCCCAUUCAGAGGGCUGUGUUGCUACCUGCUUUGGAAGGAAGGGACAUUAUUGCCCGGGCCAAAACAGGUACAGGGAAAACUUUGGCUUUUGGUAUUCCUGUCAUAAAGAAGCUAACUGAAGAUGACAAAGGCAUACGAAGGCGUGCUGGUCGUCAUCCUCGCGUUCUUGUUCUAGCUCCUACUAGGGAGCUGGCUAAGCAAGUUGAGAAGGAAAUUAAGGAGUCAGCACCAUACCUUAACACCGUAUGUGUUUAUGGGGGUGUUUCUUACAAUGUUCAGCAAAAUGCUCUUACCCGAGGUGUUGAUGUGGUUGUGGGAACUCCUGGUCGAAUUAUUGAUUUGGUCAAUAAUGAUAGCCUUCAGUUGGGAGAAGUUCAGUAUUUGAUCCUCGAUGAAGCAGACCGGAUGCUUGCUGUUGGAUUCGAAGAAGAUGUCGAAGUUAUAUUGGAAAAGCUACCAUCGAAGCGUCAAAAUAUGUUGUUUUCUGCCACAAUGCCUGGUUGGGUGAAGAAAUUGUCAAGAAAAUAUUUGGACAAUCCUCUCACGAUUGACUUGGUUGGUGAGGAAGAAGAAAAACUUGCAGAGGGAAUUAAACUUUAUGCCGUGUCAACAACUUCUACCUCGAAGCGUACAAUUCUUAGCGACCUUAUUACGGUAUAUGCCAAAGGUGGAAAAACCAUUGUUUUUACACAGACAAAAAAUGAUGCUGAUGAAGUAUCACAAGCCUUAACAAAUAGCAUAGCCUCUGAAGCACUGCACGGCGAUAUAUCACAAUAUCAACGGGAGAGAACAUUGAAUGGUUUUCGUCAGGGGAAAUUUACCGUGCUUGUUGCGACAGAUGUUGCUUCUCGUGGUCUCGAUAUCCCAAAUGUUGAUUUGAUCAUCCAUUAUGAGCUCCCAAAUGAUCCAGAAACAUUCGUUCACCGCUCUGGUCGUACUGGACGAGCCGGAAAAGAAGGCACUGCUAUAUUGAUGUUUACAAGCAGCCAGAGGAGAACGGUUAAAUCUCUCGAGCGUGAUGUAGGAUGUAGGUUUGACUUUAUAAGUCCUCCACAGAUACAGGAAGUGUUGGAGUCAUCGGCUGAGCAAGUUCUUGCUACGCUUCAUGGCGUGCAUUCUGAAUCAAUACAGUUUUUCUUGCCAACGGCGCAGAAGCUGAUGGAAGAGAAAGGGGCCGAUGCUCUUGCUGCUGCGCUCGCACAUCUCAGUGGUUUUUCGCAGCCGCCUUCAUCUCGUUCUCUGAUCAGCCACGAGCAGGGGUGGAUCACAUUACAGUUGACUCGUGAAUCGGGAUACUCGAGGGGGUUUUUUUCUGCCAGAUCAGUUACAGGUUUCCUUUCUGACGUUUAUCCUGCUGCUGCGGAUGAAGUUGGCAAAAUUCACUUGUUGGCAGAUGAAAAUAUUCAAGGAGCAGUUUUUGAUUUGCCUGAGGAGAUCGCAAAGGACUUGCUAAACAAGCAGUUACCCCCUGGGAACACCUUAUUUAAGAUCACAAAGUUGCCUGCAUUGCAAGAUGAUGGUCCUCCGAGCGACUUUUACGGUCAUUUUUCCAAUCAUGAACGAGGAUCCCGCAGUGGUUUCAGGGAUGGGUUUGGAUCUCGAGGUGGUUUCAGGGAUAGGACUUCGAGAGGAUCAAGAAGUAUGGGUGGCAGGGACUAUGGUAGCGACGAUGAAGUCCGGCGAGGCGGACGCAGCUACAGAACUGGGAAUAACUGGUCCAAAUCAUCCUGGGGAAGUGAUGAUGAUUUGUUAAUGAGUGGAAGGAAAUCCAGCCGACCAUCAUUUGGAAAUAGAGAAAGGAGUUUUGCAGGAGCGUGCUUCAAAUGCGGCCGAACCGGGCACAGGGCGUCGGACUGCCCCAACAAUGAAGACUAUUAGCCAUGAUUUUGAACAUCCUUUUUUUGAAAGGUGUUGUUGAUCUUAUUCAUCUUUUGUUGUAUCCAUACAUGACUUUGUAGCACUGAUUAUAACACCCACCAAUUCUGAAGAGAGCAGCAGCUAUUGUUUGUUUUGUUUAGAUGUGCUUUAUAAAUGUAGUUCUGCUGUAGGUUUGCUGCUGAAUUAUAUGAAUGAAAGUGAAGAGCAUUGUAUAA